AUGAGUUUCAAUAAAAAUGCCCAAGAAGAUGAUAACGAGUUGAAUGAAAGUGGGUAUACUUCACUUAAUUACAAAGUAGCUAUAGCAUCGUAUUUGGAAAUGUGUCAGGGACAAGGCUCUUAUAAUAAAUUCCUUAUCAACAACAAAUCACUAAUCAUAUCAGAACUUUCCGGUAGACCGUGGAAGAACCAGAACUUAGUCUGGAAGAAUAAAUUUAUUACGGCUGCAGAAAAAGUUAUUGGUGGCAAACAUCUGGUUAAACAGGAGAGUGUUGCCUUCCAUAAAUACAACGCUUUGUAUGGCUUAAAUGGCUUUCGUCUUGCAUUCCAACUGGUUUCGUGCAUGUUGAGAGUGUAUAUGAUGACACAAGGUGCUCCGGCAGGACUUCGGGAAGAAGACACAAAUGAAUGUUUCUGGUUAGAAAUUGAAAACUAUCAAAAGUUACAACUUCUUAAAGCGAAUCAGGUAAAACUCAAACGUAAAAUUGAUCUAUUAUCGCUUGAAAUUCUCGAUAGGUCAAUUUCCCAACAAGCGAGCGAAAUUCUUGAUCUUUAUGGACCUUCUCAAAAAAAGUUACGUUGCGAUAAUGAAAUUGAUGAAAAUGAUGACGUCAUUCAUCAUGAAAAUAUUUCUCUCCAAAACAAAAAAAAACUCGACCUAAAAAGGUUUCGUGAAGAGAUCAGUGAAGAGAUUCAUAAAGAGAUAUGUCAAGUACGUGAAGAGAUGUAUGAAAGCUGUAAAGAAAUUUUUGAAGACAGCAAAGUAACUAGUAAAGAAAUUUGUGAUGCGAUAAAAGAAUUAAAUGGCUGGCGAAGUACCAGUGAUAAAAAACGAACACAGAAGUUAUUAUAUAGCAAUGACAAUAUAUCAACAAAAUUACUUAACCCUGGAUCAGCUCGCAAGGGAGUUGCAGUAAAUAUAUUACCUGUAUCUAAUGUUAAAUUAUGUCAAGAAGAAACUGUUGAGGUUGAUGUAUCAGAAUCAAAAGUUGCUGAAAUAUCGAAAUAUCGAAAAUUUACUUAUUAUUAUUGCAUAG